AUGGGUAACUCUUCCUCGACCGUUGCGACAAGCUCGUCAUCAACUGUCACUCGUCGGCGCUCCCAACCUCGAGUGCAAGCCACCCGGCCCAACGUUCCUAAUGACGUUGUUCUCGAGAUCGUGCGGGCAUUGGCCAGUGUCUGGAAGCCGAUUCCGCGACGCGAUCUUGAACACAGGACGUGGUACAUGGAAGAGUGGGCUAUGUACAACAGCAAUCCAAGCUAUGAUGGUGAUUUCACUGAGACAUCAGUCAUACCAGAGCCGCCCGAGUGGAUGGAAUUGGGAGGGAGCUUGGGGUGGAUCACGGUCACGCACGUCAGUCAACACUUGAGGAGGCUGGUGCAAGCGAACGUCCCGGAGUGCUGGGCAAGCGUUAUCGGCCGGGUGCCAAAGGCAGAUAUUGAGAUUAUGCCCAGGACGGGAGAUCGCCCGUUAGACGUCCUGAUACACUCCGCUUUCGCGCGCGAAUUCUCCGACGUCGUUAGGCGUAAUAUCAACACCGGUGUUAUCCCGCGGAACCGCAUCCGCACCCUUACCAUCAUCGAGAAUGUUGUAUGCUCAAAUCCGUUCACGUCGACCCCUUCAGAGAGCAUCGACAUGAUGACGAACCUCCAGAGCCUAAACAUCCUCGCGAGCAUGGCGACUCAGGGCCAAAUGAGCGAGGAAUUCCCCCUCCUGCGAUUCACGCACGCCAUCCCGCGCGUGCGCUGUGUAAACUAUGUUGCGCAUUUCACCGGUGUCACGCACCUCUACAUCGGACAAACAACGCUUGGGUAUUACGCCGAGGAACAGUGGCGUGUCGAGGAGGAUGAACUCAUCGAUGUCCUGGCCGAGCUCUCAGAUACUCUACAGGACCUCACGCUUUCCAUAGCGUUCCGGGCGCCUGUGGAGAAUGCUGUUGAUGUCGACCGCACCCCGCUGCUGGGCGUCCGCAACCUCCAGCUACAGGACCUGCGCGCACAUGGAUUCGGUCUUGACGGCGUUGUACACUUGCUGCGACGAUUGCGUUUCUCAAGCACCAUCAUGGUGACGGUCCGCAUAUCCUGCUUGAGGACACCUCCGGUGCUCGCGGAGCAUAUCCGGGCGUUCUACGAUGCGGGCGUUCCCCGUGCCAGGGCAUGCAGCAUCGCUACUACCGAAGUCCUUCCUCUGCUUCCGGUCGUCUUGCUCAAGGACUACAGGCUGGUCAAUAUCACGUUUUAUUCAGAGAACUUUCGUCUGUUCCUGACAAUGAUCUUGGACUGUCCUGACCUAAUUACGCCGGUCGACGCAUCCGAUAGCCUGCUAGACGCCCUUCCUGCUCUGGAUAUGCAGAGUAUAGGCCUGACAACGAACAUUGCGCUGCCGAGCCAUUUCGAGCGCGAUCGUCAUGGCAUAACUCCUCGCUACCAGCAGCUUGGGCCGUUCAGCGUGCUCACCUAUUGGCGUGAAAUUUUGGCGUAG